UUAUAAAUUCAUACUUACAACGACGUAUUUAAUUUCUGCAAGUAUUUUUGCAGGUAAUUUUGAGGGCGUGCGCGCGAAACUAUUUUGACUUCUAAAUACUUUGAAUUACAAAUAUCAAAAAUUAAACUUGAAAUGACAGGAAUUGAACUGUAUGCAAUUUCAGCGCUGUAAGUAGGGCGUACAGUCUAAACGAUGGACUUAACCUUUCCAUCUCGCAAUUAUCUAAGUUAUUGAGAUGAUGUUGAAAGUAGGAGAAUGCACCAAAUGAAUUUUUCUGUGUCGGAUGACGAGUCUAUUGAUGAGGUGCGCGACAGUAAUGUAAAAGUUUUUGUGCGAAUCUUACCGCUUGAGAGACCAUGCGAUUCUUGCGCAAAGAUUAGUACGGAUGGUAAGGUGAGAUCAAUAUAAAUCUUGCUAAAUCAAGGGAUCUUAAAAGAACUGAAAAAGAACAAAUUAUAGCCGUCAGCGUGUCUCGAAUUUCACUUUAUUGUUUAUUAUUGUUUAUUGAGAUGUGUCUCGUAAUUUAUUAAUUAACAUAUUAUAUAUUAAUUACAUAAUUAUAAUGUUAUUUAGAUGAUAUACGUGAGAUGCUUACAAGAUAUGCGACGAAACAAGCAGUCAAGAAGCCCUGUUUAUUGGGCCUUUCGUGUCAAUGGAAUAUUUCACGAGAUGGCCCAGGAUAAGGUGUAUUGUACUAUUGCGAAAGAUUUCGUAGAAAAGUACCAAUUUAAUAUUUAAAGUUUGAUGAUAUUCCAUACUAUGUCGGCGAUAUAAUUAAUUACUUUAAAACUGUUUAAUAUAUAGAAACAGCAAAUUAAUUUAUAUUAAUCUAACGUUGCUAAAUGUGUGGCAAGUUAAUUUGUUUAUAAUUAUUAAGUUAAUUUUUAAAGGUACAUUUAAUGUUUAUAUGUGGCGAAUUAUUAUAUUGAUAUCCUGAUGAAAAUAUUUCUCACAAUUUUUAUACGAAUACUUUAAAACAUUGAAAAGAUCUACAUCUUAGAAUUUUCAUACAUGUAAAUUCUAUGAAAUAUUUUAAGAUUUCUAUUUUCUAUAAUUUGUAAAAUACCUUAAACUUUUUAAGGUUUUAUAAGAUUUUAUCAAAAGUUAUAGAAUGAGAGGUUUUAGAAUAUUUCAGAAAUUAUACGUCAAAACUUUAGAAAAGAUGUAGAACUUUCUCAGUAUUUCUGAAAAAGUUUUCCAAUUUGUAUAAAAAUUCUGAGCAAUUUUCUUACAAAUGUAAAAUUAAACAAAAAUUUUUGAAAUUUAUAUAAAAAUUGAGAAAUUAAGUAAAAAAUUCCGAGAAAAAUUUUUAUUAGUGUAACAUACAAAGAUAGAGUAAUUUAAUAUCAACAGUAUCUUAAUAAACAAAAGAUAUAACAAUGUUUUUGAUUGUAAUUGAUUGAAGCAUUUAUAUUAUUAAGGAUUAGCGUUUUAUAUUUUAUCAAGAGUAUAGGUUUAUAUUAAUCAAUAAUAACCGAUAAUUAAUGAUACUUGGAUAUUGCUGAUAAGAUAUGGAGUAUCAUGCAAUGUUUAUAAAAAUAUAACAAAACGUGUAUAAUAUACGUAACAAGGAAAUAAUUUAAGAGCUUUAGACGGCAUAAAUUGCGUGUUGAUCGGUUACGGACAAACCGGAUCCGGAAAGAGUUUUACAAUUGGCGGUUUCAGAAAUAAUUGGGAAGUACGCUUCUAUAUCUCACAUAAUACUUAUAGUUUAAUCAGUUAUUUUAAUCGCUUUGUUCGUUUACUUAGCAUAGAGGGAUAGUUCUGCGGCUCUUAUCCGACAUGUUUACGGAGAAGACAAAUCGAAGAAAAAUCAACGACAUACACUAUCGUUUAAGUUUUAUUGAGCUGAGAGAUAAAAAUAUAAUCGAUCUUCUCACGACGCAGAAACGAAGGAGCUUUAACGUUAACGAUCGUAGUGUCUUCAAGAAUGUAACUACAGUGGAUCUAGAGAAUGAAAAGAAAACUUUAAGAAAAGUACUUGAAGGAGAAGCCAGGAGAUCGGUCGUAAAAGGCUCAGUGUAUCCGUCACAUUUGGGUGCUGCUGUGAUAACUAUUCAUGUUUCAAAUGCGAGUCUAAUAAAAUCCCAAGCUUUCGUAGCGACAGCAAAAAUACAUAUCGUAGAGAUGGCUGGAAUUGGAACGGUGGGAAAAUCGAGUUGCUUGAAAACAGCAGCCGAUUUAGGUACAGCGAAUUUAAUGAAAAUGCAGCUGGAACAAUAUUUCUUGCAUCUUAGAAAACCAAGCAUGUGCACAUAUAACGUUGUUCACUCGUGUAAUUUGCUAAAGCUGUUGAGAGACGCUCUUACUGUUACAUCCAUCAUUCGUUUUGUAUCUCACGUGCGCAUCACGAGGGAAGAUCUCGACGUUACUUUAUCGACCAUGCGACUGACCGCUAAAAUUGCAAAACUGAAACCGAUCAAGACAAUACGACACGUCCAGUCACAGACAGAGUUGAUCGUACAACAGCUACGGGAGCAAGUGAACAUAUUGAAAAGAGAACUGGAAUUGAACGAUAUGUUUUUACAACAGGAGGCACUGCCGAACAUCUCAAAGUCCAGGAUGGAGCAGAUCAAUCGGGACAUCAUGAAAUUUUUGCAGGGUUUUAUUUCAGAAUUAACGCUUUUCAACGUCACCCAGGCGCGAGUACUGGCGAACGUCGCUAAACAAUUAUAUGACAAAUUGGUCGCAAAAGAGAUUGAGGCAGAAAAGUUAAAAGAAGCAUAUAACAACGUGAUAACUAUGCUAUCGCAAUCAGAUGCAGUUUUGACCUCAUCGUCAUUAAUUUAAUUAUGUCACAGCAAUGAUUUGACAGUAUUAAUUUUAUUAAUAUAAUUUGCAACUUCUAUAUCAUGUCUAUAUGUUUUAUUAAUAUUCUGUUUAUUCUUAUAAUGCUUUUUAUAUGUUAAUGCAGAUAAAAUUGACGGUCAAAUAAAAUUAUUUUUUUAUGUAGUUAUAUUUUACAGAGGUCUGGUAAGCUUUGUUAUUUAUGUACUGAAUUAUAUUAAAAUAGCGCGACGACUAAAUAAUGACUUGAAAAUUACGCAUAUGCAAAUAAAUGUAAUAUUAAAAAUAUCAAUGUUGGCCGAAAAUUGAUAUAUCCGUACAUGCAUAUAAAAAUAGGAAUUAAUCUUAUGUUAUAUAAUAAAAGGAUGUCUUCUUUGAUAUUACGUGUACCAA